AUGAAUAGCAUUGCCAUAAGGUCACUGGGUACGGAGUCGCGGGCAAUAAGCCAUGGUAGCGGUAGCAAUGAAAUGGGCGUCGAUAUGCCAAUGCAGAUUGGGCUGGGCGUGUUGGGUCCAGCGAGUACCGAACGAAUCUGUAAGAAUUUCCACCUUACGAAUAAACAACAGUCAAUUUGCAAUAGGUCACCUCCAGUUCUGCAGGCAGUCAGGGCAGGUGCAAGACUGGCGAUAGAGGAGUGCCAACAUCAGUUCAGACUGUCACGAUGGAAUUGCACCAUUAGUCCAGAGAGCACCGAUAACAUUUUUGGUGGCGUUAUGUUAGUGAACAGCCGUGAAGCAGCCUUCGUCUACGCGAUAUCAGCAGCCGGCGUCGCCUACAGCGUGACCCGAGCCUGCUCCAGAGGAGAGCUAACCGACUGCUCGUGCGACAACCGCGUGAGGACGCGCCAGCAUUCCAGCAACUGGCAAUGGGGUGGAUGCAGCGAGGACAUACACUUUGGAGAAAAGUUCUCCCGCGAAUGGCUAGAAGCGAGCGAAGAGCCAGUCAAAGAGGACGCGAUUGGUGGUCCCGACAGCCUGGCUGGACUCCUCAUGCGGAAGCACGAUAGCGAGGCUGGAAGACGGGCCGUGCGCUCGAGGAUGCAACGGGUGUGCAAGUGCCACGGUAUGUCGGGCUCAUGCAGCGUUCGAGUCUGCUGGCGCAAGUUACCGACCUUCCGGGCCGCAAGCACCGCAUUAGCUCAACUUCACGAGGGUGCGGCGCUUGUACGUCUAGUACACGGGAGUCGACGACCGGCUCGAUUAAGGCCUGCAAGACCUGAGCUCAAGCGACCCAACAAGACUGAUUUGGUCUACCUUGAUGACAGUCCUGACUACUGUGAGCGUAAUCUUACGUUAGGUAUUCCAGGUACGCGCGGUCGAGUGUGCAACCGCACGAGUCUAGGACUGGAUGGUUGUCGACUGCUUUGCUGCGGCCGGGGUUACCAAACUCGCGUGCGCGACGUCAUCGAGAAGUGCAACUGUCGCUUUGUCUGGUGCUGUGACGUCAAGUGCGAGAUGUGCCGGCAUACGCGUGAGGAGCACGUCUGCAAUUAA